UUGAUUUCAGACAAAUUGGCAGUUUGCCUUAAACAGCCCAGUUCCUCUUCUGUUUCUCAUGUUUUAUACAAGUUCCCAAGCAACUGAAUUUUGCACAUGGAUACACUUUGUUUUACAGCAGUCACCUGGUAAUUUGGGUAGGUCUCUUGUUUGCUACUUUCUGUCCCCUCUUUUUCUUGAUUAUAACAGCAUUUAUGAGUAUAGGUUGGUUUACAAAUUCUUGUCUGUGGCUAAUGGUUUAUAGCCUCUAGUUUGGAGGAAAAUUAGAAUGAGUAAUCAGGAACUUGUUACUUUGAAUGUGGGAGGGAAAAUAUUUACAACAAGGCUUUCUACCAUAAGACAAUUUCCAGUGUCUCGGUUGGCACGAAUGUUAGAUGGCAAAGAUCAAGAAUUCAAGAUGGUUGGUGACCAGAUUUUUGUGGACAGAGAUGGUGUGUUAUUUAGUUUCAUCUUAGAUUUUUUGAGAACACAUGAGCUAUUAGUACCCACUGAUUUUUCAGACUAUCAUAGGCUUCAGAGAGAGGCUCUUUUCUAUGAACUUGAUUCUCUGGUUGAUCUGUUAAGCCAAGAACACCUGCUACAUCCAAGACCUGCUCUUGUGGAGGUGCAUUUCGUAAAUAGAAACACUCAAUCUUUUUUCAGAGUAUUUGGCUCUUGCAGCAAAACAAUUGAGAUGCUAACUGGAAGGAUUACAGUUUUUAUAAAGCAGUACUCCACACCAUCCUGGGCUGGUGGUUCUUUCCCUCCUCGGAUGACUGUACUUCCUCUGCCUCCACAAAGACCUUCUCACCAUGACCUGGUUUUCCAGUGUGGCUCUGACAGCGCUACUGAUAAUCAAUCUGGAGUCAGGUAUAUUUCUAUAAAGCCUGAUGACCGAAAACUGGCCAACGGAACUAAUGUCCUGGGCUUACUGAUUGACACAUUAUUAAUGGAAGGCUUCCAUCUGGUCAGCACUAGAACAAUAUCUUCUGAAGACAAAACUGAAUGCUAUAGCUUUGAAAGGAUAAAAAGAUCUGAAGUUUUCGCCAGGAACAAACUCCUGAAACCAGAGACUACCACCAUGCCAGAGCAAUCUAAGAAAAACAAAUGAGGGAUGCAGAGGUGGUUAUGCAAAGAGACUGUCAUACCUGAGGCUCCAACGUGCCAGCUUCAAUACCCCUGCACCACCA